GGAGCCCCUGGGGGCAAAGCAGCCCGGCGCGCGGCCGAGCAACCAGUAGUGCGCGCGCCCGGUGACGAGUGCAGCUUCUCGGCGGCGGAGAGUCGAGGAGAGGAGAGAGGGACUCCCGAGCUGCCACGGCGGUGUCGCAGCCGGGUCUAGCUUCAACCUCGACACCAUCUACCUCAACACGGCGGCUCGUCUCUGCCCAUGUGUCGGUACAGCCCUGCGCCUGUCGGAGUGCGAUGCUGAAGCCAUGUUUCCUGGCCGAGGAGCUGUGCGCUGUGCCGCGUAGAGGAAGCGGCGGAGUGGAGCGGCGUGCCGGGCUUGCACAGUUACAGUGGGCAGUUGCGGUAAGGCAGUAUCAUGGAGGCUGGAUGUGUGGUUGCCGCGGUGAUUGAGAAUGCUGCCUCAGGACCCCAGGGAGAACCAGGAAGUGGUGACGUCCUUGAGGGAGCUGCGUUACCUCCUCCUGAACUGGACAAAGACGAUGCCUUACCUGAAGUUAUCAGCUGUAAUCCUUCAGGAGAGAAACCGCCACAGGAGACACCCACUGCCAUGAUGAACGAUGAGGUCACCGAGCACCCAGUCGAGCCCCUCCUGCGCUCCUGCGUCAGCACGGCGAGCAUGAAGGUCAAGAACAUGAAGAAGCUGACGUUCCCGAGAGGUCACUUUCCCAGGUUGGCAGAGUGUGCCCAUUUCCACUAUGAGAAUGUUGACUUUGGCAACGUGCAGUUGGCUUUUGCAGAGGGACAAGGUGAGGGACAGAAGGCUGGUCUCGACUCCAAAGAGCUGUUUUUCCUAGUGCAGAUCACUUGCCAGAGUCGAAACUGGCUGGUGAAGAGGUCCUACGAAGACUUCCGCGUGCUGGACAAACACCUGCACUUGUGCAUCUAUGACCGGCGCUUCUCCGAGCUCGCUGAACUGCCACGAUACGACACGUUAAAGGACACCGUUGAGUCAGUAACCACGAUGUUGGCAGCCUACCUGUCCCGCUUCUCAGCCAUCGCUGACAACAAGAUCAACUGCGGCCCGGUACUAACAUGGAUGGAGAUUGACAACAAGGGGAAUCAUCUUCUGGUGUCUGAGGAGGCCUCAAUCAAUGUCCCUGCCAUCGCUGCUGCCCACGUCACCAAACGCUACACAGCCCAGGCCACAGAUGAGCUGACCUUUGAGGUAGGGGACAUUGUGUCAGUCAUUGACAUGCCGCCUAAAGAAGACACUGGCUGGUGGAGAGGGAAGCAUGGCUUUCAGGUUGGAUUCUUCCCGUGUGACUGCGUUGAGCUGAUAAACGACAAGAUUCCCCCCAGUGUUCAGAGCUCAGUGCCAAAGCCAGUGUGUAAGAAGCACGGGAAGCUGGUUACGUUCCUGAGGUCUUUCAUGAAGUCCCGGCCGCCGCCACAGAAGCUGCGGCAGCGUGGCAUACUCAGAGAGAGAGUGUUUGGCUGUGACCUGGGAGAGCACCUACACAACUCAGGACAUGAAGUGCCCCAGGUGAUCAAGAGCUGCGCCGAGUUCAUAGAGAAGCAUGGAGUUGUGGAUGGGAUAUACAGACUCUCUGGAAUCUCCUCCAACAUCCAGAAACUGAGGCACGAGUUUGACUCAGAACAGAUUCCAGAUCUCAGUAGAGAUUUGUUCAGACAGGAUAUCCACUCAGUGGGCUCCCUCUGCAAGCUGUACUUCAGAGAGCUGCCCAACCCCCUCCUCACCUACCAGCUCUAUGACAGAUUCUCGGAGGCCGUGUCUGCAGCCACUGAUGAUCAGAGGCUGGUCAAAAUCCACAACGUCAUCCAGCAGCUGCCUCCCCCACAUUACAGGACUCUGGAGUUCCUAAUGAGACAUCUCUCCCGCCUGGCCACCUUCAGCUCCGUGACCAACAUGCACACGAAAAACCUGGCUAUCGUCUGGGCCCCCAACCUCCUCAGGUCCAGACAGAUUGAGUCGGCCUGUUUUAGUGGCACAGCGGCAUUCAUGGAGGUGCGGAUCCAGUCUGUGGUGGUGGAGUUCAUCCUCAACAACACAGAGGCUCUCUUCAGCCCCAAACUCAAUGCCAUCAUACGGGAGAGCACAGGUAACAACACCUUAUCCAGACCCAAGUCGCUGCUGGUCUGCUCCCCUUCGACAAAGCUGUUGUCUUUGGAGGAGGCUCAGGCCCGUACUCAGGCUCAGCUGGGCUCCCCAGUCACGACCCCCUGCCUCUCACACAGCGAUUACAUCGAGGUUGGCGAGGGACCCGGAGCUCUGCAGGGCAAGUUCCACACAGUCAUCGAGCUCCCGAUGGAGAGUAAGCGGGGUCUUGCUAAGGCUAAGAAGUCUCCUGUGGGAAACUGGCUCUCGUUUUUCCACCUCGGCAAGUCCCACUCUGUGUCUAAGCGUAAGCUGAAACGUCACCCCAGCGAGCCAAACGAGAUAAAGAGCAUUGCACUGCCAGGUGGGAGAGGAGAUAGUGGCACACUGCGCUCCACCAAGAGUGAGGAAUCUCUCACCUCUUUGCACAAUGUGGAAGGGGAACCUCAGAAUUACCGAACCCCUAGACCUCGUUCCACCAGUGAGGCCAUUUCUGCCGCCUGUAGAGACGACCUGCGCAACACCAGAAGUAAAGCUGACCACAGUGCUCACCUGCUGAAUAAGAGCCAUAAUGGUGCUGAUUAUGUUCCUACUACACCACGUGAUUCACCUCCACGUCAGGAAGAUGACCUUGACCUUUGCCCGCCGGCUCCAGGCAUCUCUACCUUGGACUUUGACCCCAUGUCCUUUCAGUGCAGCCCACCCGCAGCAAUACCUGGACUGCAACACAACAAGGAGAGCAGCAAAUGGAGGAAAAGUGUAGGAGAGUCAAGUGAAUCAGAGCCCAUUUCCUCCCCUAACAAAAUCGUUAGCAGUUCUCAGUCUCCAGAUAUUAGUCUGGUUUGUGGUAAAGGUGGAAAGAAGGUUACCAGACUGCACUCCCCUAAACUCAGGAAGAAGUCCUUUAAGACCCACCCUAUGGCUGAAGCAGAUGUUCAUAUUGCAUCUGCCUCCACACAACACAGUGUUUCUAAACCCCAGGGGGCAGCAUCUGCCUCUCCUCCACCUGUCCCUUCCUCUUCACCUCCACUGGAGAAGUGUGAAGCUCCAGUGACAGAUGGGAAGGAGUCCAGAGUCUCCUAUCAACCCUGCAGCCCACUCAGCACAGUGAGCCAGGCGUCAGCCCUCACGGACAUUAGUCAGUCUGCUCAGAACCUGCCUGAUCCAGGAACAGAUAGACUUAUGAGUUCAGUGUCUGUUCUCCCUCCUCACCCUCCCUUGACGAGUGCUGCACGCAAGUUGGCUUUGGCUCUCGCUGAAUCUGCCCAGAAAGCUAGUGACAGCUCACAGAGGAGAUGCACCCACAUCCAUGCCCCCUCAAAUCCUCUCCAGAGACAGGAAGCUCCUCAUGCCCAGGACAGACUGCCUCGGCCCUCUGUUCUCGAGCUCCAACCCUACUCCCAGGAGUACUGUGGCCCUCAUGUCUCUUCUAUCUCCCAGUGGCUACCCUCAGCCUGCACCCCUGUUGAGAGCCAUUGCUGCCCCCAUCCUGUUAAUUUCCUGCCUGCGCAUCUCAGCUCAGAACCGCUACAGGUCACUCAUGGGCAAGAAUCCAUGAGUAACUUCACGCCUAAUGUAAGCCCACUGGGGUCUGGAAGCUUAGAUGAAGGUAGUACAGAGAUGAGAGACCACAGAGAGCGGAAAGAACCACCGCUUAGAGAUAUGAAGCCUGAUGACACAGUGGCAGAACCCACCUAUCACAGUAUUGGCGUGUCAACACCCACUCAGCCAGUCUGCUCUCUUCAGAGCCCCUCAGCUUCUCCUGUCUAUGUCAACACUGACUCUAUCAAUGUCUUUAACUUCCGGACUGUUUUGGCUGAGACCUCAAUGCCUGCCUCAUUAGAGGAGGUCCUUCCACGUCCGUUGCAGCCGCCGUCAACCCACCACUACAGCCAAGAGGAAGAAAGACCUCUCGGGGCAGUUGAGGAUGUCUACAGUAAUCAUCAUAGACCUAGUCUGGCAGGUCGGAUGCCUGCACCGCACUGCCCUCGGCCCGACGCUCUGCCCCUUCACCUUUCAGGGCCUAAAAGCAUGUACAAGCAUGCCUCUGAAAGUCGCUACAGCACUUUAGGCUUAAAGCAGCCUUUGUCACCUCAGUACAGACGUUGCCCCAGAGAUGAGCACCUUGUCAGUGACCACCACAGGCAGCAAGGACAAUGGCAGAGGUCAGAUGAUAGAAUAGUUGGGCACCCGGCUAUCCGGAGGGCUCGCUCCUUCCAUGCUCCUCAGAUUAGUCACUAUGAACUGGCAGAAACAGAGGUCCUACCUCCUGAUACCAUGUUUUAUGUCCAACAGCCAGCCACCCAGGAGGCACCUUAUCAGUGGCUGGUACAGUCUGGCCUGCAGCCUGUUCGGCCAUACUUUGACAAGGGGCAUGCUGAGUACCGCUACAGCCCUUACUCAGAUAUCAGCCCGGUAGAUAGUUCUCACUAUUAUGUGGAUCCCUACCGACCAAGUGGUAUUCGACACAGUCAGUCCUAUACUAUGCGUUCCACAAGGGAUAGUGGAAAGUCUGAUUACUACAACUACCCUCCACACCACGCCCCUCCUGCAAACAGGUCACUCUACAUCGAGAGCAGGGACACAGUUGUUUACAAGGCAAGAGAUGCAGAAGUUUUUGAAAGAGUUGUCUAUCAACCAGUCAAGCAAGAGAACAGAUACAGGCAUAAAGCUACUAGUCCAGCUAUGUGUCCCUAUGAGAGUCCCCUUUCACCAACUGAUUUCAGAAGUAGAGAGAUAAUGCACACGAGGAGCAAGUCAGACCCAGGAAAUGCCUGCCUUCUCUCCACUAACAGGGCAGAAGGCCAACACGAGGUAGUAGCUACAUCCCCAACCUCCUCAGAGCUCCAACAGGCAGACCCUGAGGUCAUCAGGCAACAGGGUGGUCACCAGUCUAUUGACGAACCAGUCCCAAGCAGGCAAGAGAGGCAAGAGUGUGUGUCCAGGAGGAUUCAGAUCAAAGAGAGCUCCUCCCAGCCUGUCCAGUCACAGCAGCAGCCACAGCUGCGCAAAGUCCCCUCACUUCCAGAGAGGGGCUGUCCAAAUCUCAAGAAUGCUGAGCACAAUGACCGAAGCCAUUCACGACGCUGUGGCCAGGAUAGAUUAACUAUGACCAAUACUGUCAACAGCUCCUCUGGUAUUUUGAAACCUAGCAUCCUCAGGAGACCAGGGCGAUCACAAAGUAUCAAAGAAAAUUGUCACUACUACCAUUACCACGCUAAAUCCCCUCUGGAUCCAGAACACCAAGGAUCCUUUUCCACUCAGCCCAACAGAAGGACUCAGAGCACUAAAGUCAGGCCCACAUACUAUGACCACAUGGAAGGGUAUUAUGCAGCUUCCAAACCUAAACCCACAAGAUCUGGUAAAGCUGUGGCUGGAUAUUUCCCUGGUCAGGGCUGCAUGUCUCCCCAUAGAAACAGACUGCUGUCCAAGGCUCUAGGUCAUGGGGCUUUUCAUCAUGCUGGACUGAGAUCAGAGGCUGGGGUCUAUGAGUGAUUCUCACCACUGUUUUUAUCUAAUUCCACACCGGGGCCAAAGGAGAACAGCACUUUAUCCUCUGCCAGACCAACAGACUAUUGUGUUUAAAGCGUGUUUAUUUUAACCUUCAGGAGCCACUGAAUGAUAGUGUGAAGUGGGGCCAAUGCUGGGGCUCAUAACGCUUGUAGUAUAAUAUAUUGAGAUGGGAAUUGAGGGAGCUCAAAGAGAGUAAAUAAAUCCUAUGCAGAUACUGUCAUAAAUUUAGGGAUUUUUUGGAACAGAGAGCUACAGAAAGAAGCAUGUUUGAUAAAAUGGUGGCUGACAUCUUCUAUUUUUUGUCUAAACAACAUGAGAUGAAAAGGUGCAGUAACAACUGGUUUUGUGAUUAUGAUUUUAAAAUACUAGGAAUGUGUCUAAAAUAACUGUCAUUUUAAAUGUAUCAUAUUUGUAUAAAUAAUAAAUAGCUAGCAUAUGUGGCCAAUGUACUGUACAUUAUUUUUUUUCUAUCUUAGCCUGGGUUGUAAUUACCUUAUUAAGUUAAUUAUGGCCCAGACUUGAACAUGCACUUUUGAGGCUGUGUAUUAAACACAUUGUCUUACUUAAUCUGGUGUACAUGAUGCUCCUUGAUAUUUUUUCUGGCAACAUAAUCAAUGUGACAAGUUUGGUAAAUCAGCACUUUUGAUGGUAAAAUGGAAGAUACUGAUCACAUUAUUUUUAACUUAUGACAAAGGGGACAUUGACUAAUGUAAUCAUAAAAUACCAAGGAGUACAAUGAUUUCUGUUAAGCUGAAAAAUACCAUGGUAAAAUAUGCUAGACAUAAAUGAGAAUCAACUUACUCAUUAGGAAAGUAUAUUUUGUAUGCCAUUGUGGUUUGUCACAAAAUGAGUUUCUCUUUUUCCUCCUUUUAGGGAUCUUUUAACAAUGUGGUGUUUUACAUAUGGUGAUGUUUUAUUCAUUAAAUAUGCUAUUUCAGAUCCAACCCUGUAGAAGAUGAUAUUCUGUUAAGACAUAAUAAAUGGUUUAUUUUAAUGAGAGUCUUAAAAAAUAAAGAUAUAUUAUAACUGAU